AUGAUAUUAGAAAAAGAAAUUCCUGCUGUAGUCGUUAAUGAUAUAAAUCAAAAUGAAUCAAUUUUGACUGAGAAAGUUAUUAUCGAUGACAAUUCAAAUUUCAAUAACAAUAAUAAGGUCAUUGAGAAUAAAUUAUAUACAAAAGAUAAUUUCUUUCAACAAGUUAAAGAUGAGGAUUUUAUAAUUGUUGAAUCUUCUGGUUCUGGAAGUAGUCAGAUUGAAACAAGUGAAGAAUCCAAACCAUUAGAAAUCGACAUUAUAGAAGAUAUAGAAAAGAAUUCAGUUUUUUACGAAUAUCUAGAUGACAUACCAACUUUUGAAGAAGCUUAUGGUCUUUCUCCUUAUGAAUUUUUUGAAUAUGAAAGAUAUGAAAAAUAUGAAAGAAGAGAAAGGGAUAUUUUUAAAACUUACUCUUCUAGAUUAAUGCCGCCUCCAUCAAAGUUUCAGAAAAAACAGAAAAAAGAAAAUUCCAUGGAUAAAUAUUUUUGUGGAAUUAAAAUUAAAAAUAAGCUAAAUGAUCCAUCAGCUUCUUUGCCAGAACCACCACCACGAGUUACUUAA